ACCAGCCCUACCAACCAUUUUUCAGCCAGUUCACUUCAGACACAGGACUCAACCAACAGACAGAAGCUGCAGCAGCAGAUAAAGAUCCUCUCAGCUCUCAUGGCUCCAUUCCUGCUCCUGUUGUUCCCUCUGUGUGCAGCAGCUUCUGACCAACAUGUGACAGUGCACCCUGGAGAUGACGUCACUCUGAGAUGUGAGGCUGCUGAUGUCUCCAUCUUAGUUGUAGAGUGGACCAGACCUGACCUGGAGCCACAGUACGUCCUCUUUUACAGAGAUGGACGCUCAGACCCAACCAAACAGCAUCCAUCCUUUACAGGCAGGGUGGAGCUGGUGGACAGAGAGCUGAAGGACGGAGACGUGUCUUUAACUCUGAAGAAUGUGACCAGCAGAGACUCUGGAAUAUACGAGUGUCGAGUUGUAGCAGGUGGAUCAAGACACAGCAAGAGAGCCAUCAUUAAGACUGAUCCAAUCAGAGUCAUCUACCUGGAGGUUAUAGAUUCAGAGGAUGGAAACUUCCCUCAUCUAUACGUUGGACUGGCAGCAGGAGGUGUUGCAGUGCUUCUUGUAGCUGCUGCAGUGUUUGUUGCUGUCUGGAGAUAUAAGAGACGUAAGGACCAAAGAUCAGCACAGUCUGCUGCUGCUGAUGAAGAAGGAAACCUGUAAACCAUGUUUACCUCUGCUGUUUGAGACUGUUCACCAUGAUGGUCUGUUUCAGCCAAUCAUGUCUCUCCUCCAUGAAUCACUACCUCAUCAUGUGCACUGAAUGUGAACAGAAUCUCUCAGGUUUUACUGAAAGAUCUGCUCGUAUUUUUUAUACGUUAUUUAAGUUUUCAUUUUGGGUGAAUCCUGUUGUUUUGUGUAACGUAUGUAGAGACAUUUCACUCCAGUAAAUAAUUCUCCCUCCAUGAAUCACUACCUUUUGGUGGUGGAGGGUUUGUGUUAGGGUUGGGCGAUAAUACGGUAUCCCGCGGUAUCUAAAAAUAGCAACGGUAUCAGUUUCAUUACCGUCAUUAAAAAAAUCUGCCGCACAUAGGCCUAUAGGGGCCUGAUAUAAUAUUACAUAUAAUUUAUCUAAUGCUUAUAUAAUAAUGAGUGUUUGUCCAGCACCUGUGUAUGUGUGGUUGAGUUUUCAAUUUAAUACUAAUUACAAUUUAAAACUAAUAAUAGGCUUUAAUGUUUCUCUUAUAACUGCCCUUAACUGUUGUCAGGAGAUGAUGUGGCGCACCUGAAAUAGUUUGACCAGUUAAACUUCUGACUGAGAGCUGGGAAUUUCUGACCUCCGAGUACAAUAAUAAACCACAACUACCUCUGCUAAAAUGUCAGGCUUUAUUUACGUGAGUGUUUGCUGGAAGAAUGGAGUGUUUGUAGCGACUUUUAUUUGCAUAAAAGAGCAGUUAAAGGAGUUCGUUUAUAGGAGUUUGAGGUGGCGCCAUUUUGUGCCACAAACGUGACGGAGAGGUGUUAAGUGUUUAAGGGCUCCUGCACACUGUGAAUAUUUCAAAAAUAUAUUGUUUGUAAUUAAGAUGCACUUUACUUAAUAUGGACUUGGUUAAAACUUAAAGAUUAAAACAGUUCAUUGAAUGUUGAUUGUUCAUGAUGUGAUGAAGUGUGUUUCCUGCUGAAAUACAUCGGUAAAACAUGUAACAUAAGUAUUACAUAAUAUUUUAUUUCAGUGGCCUGUAAUUAUUAUAGAAGUUUAGUGAAGGGUACAGCAUACUGUAUUAAAGGGGACAUUUCAUGUCAUUGAGUUACACUUAAGGUGAAGAAUAAUUUAAGCAGUUAUAUACUGUGAGAAAUGUACUUUAAUGUAAAAGUCAACAGUUUGUGUUUACCACAGAAAUUGUAAAUGGAUGCUUUAGUGAAACUGUAAGAAUUGUGAGAUACUGAAAGUCAUGGACUUACUUACUAACGGCUUGGCACCCAUCUACCUCUCUGACCUGCUGGAACCCUAUGUCCCUCCAAGGUCCCUCAGGUCCUCUGAUCAGCUUCUCCUAGCUGUCCCUAAAUCCAGGCUGAAGCUCAGGGGAAAUCGGGUUUUCUCAGUGGCAGCUCCAAAACUUUGGAACGAGCUGCCUCUGCAUGUUCUGCAAGCCCCCAUUCUGCAGGUGUUUAAAUCACGCCUCAAGACACAUUUUUAUUCUUUGGCUUUUUCAAACACAGCCUGAGUGAUUGGUGUUCUUCAUAUGAGUGUAUGUGAGUUGUUACCUGUUUAAUUUUCUUUUACUUGUAAAGCACUUUGGUUUCAGCUCUGUUGUUUAGCUUGCGGUAGCAGGGGCGAGUCAAUGAAUGAGUUAAUGGAGACGAUGAGUCAGUAAAAAGAAUCUCACGUUUCAAACGAUUCGUUCAUGACUAAUUGCUGCUAAGGUGUUCAUAUGUCCAAAUGGCUUGGUUAUUUCUCUGUGUUUUAUGAUGUUAGAUGUGCUGUUGCACUGUUGUAAUGUUGGUAAGGUUUGAAGCAGUAAUUAGCCUGCUUGUGUAUUAGCCCAGUGUUGAGCUAACUGAGUAGCCUAGCUGGCUUGCCGGUGCCAUUGUGAUUGUGGAUGCACUAUUAAUGUGGUUUCUGUGUGAGGCUAAAGUAAUAGUGGCCACUGUCACAGUUUGUAUGUAGUGAAGUACUCACAUAGAACAUAUGCAGAACAUAUUUGAUAAUGUAUAAAUGCCUUUAGUUAAUGCUGGGUAUUUGACCGAGGUGAAGUUAGUUUGACGUUGGAUAUUCAACGGAUAUUCGGAUAUUCAUGCUUGCCAGCUUGUCCUCCUCACGUUUCUUCCGUCCUUCUGCGUGCUGACAUGGGAUGUAUCCCUCCUCUCAUUGGCUGAUGCUCUUUGUCAGUCUUAUCAGACCUCUCCAGUUUUCUAGCAUGCCAGAUAUCCAGUCCCAGUCUCAGAUGAGGGGACGACUGGCUCGGAGGCUUGUUCACACAUGAGGGCAGUCUACCUGCCGACUCACCUCCGACCCAACGUGGCUCUCAAGAUCCUCGGUGACGUCAAAAUCCCGGUGAAAAUUGUGUAAUGUGAACUAGGCUUAAGGCACACCUCUUUAUAAAUGGGUUUCAUGCUCUUUCUAUUUUAUAUGAAUGUUUUAAACAAACUCCAUUUGUUUUUUGCUGAAAAAAAGUCUAUUUUCAUCAAUAGCUUUCAUGUUACAUUAUUUGACAUUAUGCACUCUUAAGCUGCACCGUGUACAGUUUCUCACUCUGCCAGUGAAGAGCUUAAAUCUGAUCGAUGACUGUGUGUUCCCUGACUGUAGCGGUCAAUAUCUCAACUCACCUGUUUUAAAGGGUGAAUCCCAACAAGUACUGUAAAUAUAAAGACAUUUUUGUGGAGUAAAUAGUUCUGCUUGUGUGCCUGUUGAUCAUGAAAGCUGUGCUGUGUGUAACACUAGUAAAGCCUCCCAGAGCAAACUGGUCCCAAAUAUUAAUGUAUUUUUUAUCAAUAAAUAAUACUAAAAACAACAAGUGCUGAAAGCUACUGAGCCUCCAUUGUUUCUAAAUCUCUUCAUCUGAAGCCUUUAAUCAAUAACACAACACUGAGGAACAGAAGACAUGUUGACUUCAUGUCACUGAUGACAUGUUACAGUGUAUGUGUUACUGUAACAGCUGAUCAUUGAGGUUUUUAAGGCCAAACAGCUGCUCAGUGUCAUUAAUGUGAAAGAAGUGAUGUUGUUACAGUGUGUGUGCAGAAUGAGUCAGACAGGAGGCCUCGGCUUUAUAUCAUGACUUUUAAACAAUGUGCUGAAGAAAACUUAAAUGUGUUUAACUGAAGCUCUGUAACUGACACAUGAAGCUGACCUGUCUGGACCUGUCACUGUAAACAGACAUGAUUAAAUGGAGGUUAAUGCU